AUGCGUUCGGAAGAACUUGUGGCGAACGAGGUCCUGGCGUUCCUGCAGUACCAGCUGGACGUCAUGGAUGAGGUCAGUGUGACCCAGAUCUGCACCUCAAACUUCACUGAGGCGGAGAUACGCAGCGCCAAGACGCUGCUGUACGAGACGCUGCUUAUGGCAGAUCGAAUGCCGUCCCGCAGGAGGGAUGAAAAGGGAGAGAGGAGUCUCCAAGACAUGAUUAAAGUGCUGAAGGAGACCGACCCAGACGACGUACCAACUUUCGUGGCAAAGGAUUUGCGCAAGCUGCCCCCGGUCACGUUUGACCACGUCGACGUCACCAGGCUCCUAAAGGACAUCACUAGCAUGAGGUCUAGCCUGGUCGAGCUGCAGUUGAAGCUGGAAGCAUCGCAAUCUACCAUUAGUGAUCUACGCAGUGAAGUAACAGAAUUACGAAACACUGUAAGUAGGUCACUCGCGCCUGCCAACAGCGACAACACACGCCACGGACAGGCCAACGCAUCGCCGAGCGCCGCGUCAGCAAUAGUGCACUCGUCGCCGGUCGCCGUCACUGCAAGCGAUACUAAACUGUGCCCCGCCCCCUCCGCGUCUCCUGUCGUCAGGACGCCGAUGAAUGUAAGCACGUCGAAGCCUAGACGUGUUUACUCGGCUGCCGUAAAGCAAAUUCCCGUUCAACGGCAACCUAAGGCUAUUGUGGGAACUCAGAGUUACCCUGAAGUAACCCAAGGAACGGUUCAUCCUGAACCAACCAAAGGGAAGGCUGAUGCAGAUGGUUUCAUAAGGGUGGAGAGGAAGAAGAAGAAGCCAUCAAGUCGGAAUCAAUGCGGAACUGCAUUGACGGGUCCAAACAUGCUGCUGCGCCCCGCUAUUCCUACGACGCAGUUGUAUGUUUCGCGAUUACAUCACUCCACGAAGGUCGAGGAGAUCGUGGAGUAUAUUCGAGUGAAGACCAACUGGACUUUGAGAGUCGAGAAACGCAAAACAUCGUCCUCGGACGAAUCACCUGGCGUAGGGCUGAGUCUCAACAGAUCGCAGCACGACGCUGCUCUACCGAGCACAACACCCCGCCAGGAACGGAAGUCGUCUACAGACUAUUCCGAGCCCCGACAUCGAACUGAGGUAAAUUCGGACCUUCGGAGCCGUGAUGCACGCGUUAAGCGGACAGCAUCGAUCUCCGCGAUCCAAAUGGGCUUCGACGUCGCACCUCACGUGGUGAAGCGCGACUAG